UAUGAAACAAAACAGUACAGCAGCCUAAAGCAAGUGCAGAGGCGCAGGACGGCUUCUCAGACUGGGUUUACGUUCACCUACUGGAGAAACUGCACUACCCCGUACACCAUAACAGAGGAAAGAAAUGAUUCUUUCUUUGGGCUUGAGAUAAAUAUUACCUUCAGGGAGCCAGUACAAGAAUAAAAUGGCCCCGAAUUCCAUCCACUGGUUCCGUAAGGGCCUCCGUCUGCACGACAACCCAGCUCUCCGAGAGGCAGUCCGGGAAGCUGGGACAGUUCGCUGCGUUUACUUCCUGGACCCAUGGUUUGCAGGUUCCUCCAAUGUCGGGGUCAACAGGUGGAGGUUUCUGCUUCAGUGUUUGGAGGAUCUGGAUGCAAGCCUUCGAAAGCUCAACUCUCGCCUUUUUGUUAUCAGGGGCCAACCAGCUAAUGUGUUCCCACGCCUAUUUAAAGAGUGGAAGAUCUCUCGAUUGACCUUCGAGUACGACUCAGAGCCUUUUGGGAAAGAACGAGAUGCUGCAAUCAAGAAGUUGGCCAUGGAGGCAGGAGUGGAGGUCGUCGUCAAGAUAUCGCACACCCUUUAUGACCUGGACAAGAUCAUUGAGCUGAAUGGCGGCCAGCCCCCUCUGACCUACAAGCGUUUCCAGACGCUGAUCAGUCGGAUGGAUCCUCCUGAGAAGCCUGUGGAGACCCUGUCAGACAGCCUGAUGGGGCGCUGUGUCACCCCCAUUUCUGACGACCAUGGUGACAAGUACGGAGUCCCUUCCCUGGAAGAACUAGGCUUUGACACUGAGGGCCUUCCAUCAGCUGUGUGGCCUGGAGGUGAGACGGAGGCUUUGACCAGGAUAGAGCGCCAUCUAGAGAGAAAGGCUUGGGUGGCCAACUUUGAGCGCCCCAGAAUGAACGCCAACUCGCUGCUGGCCAGCCCAACAGGCCUCAGCCCCUACCUGCGCUUUGGCUGCCUCUCAUGUCGCCUUUUUUACUUCAAGCUUACUGACCUGUACCGCAAGGUGAAGAAAAACAACUCCCCUCCACUAUCUUUAUACGGCCAGUUACUGUGGCGAGAGUUCUUUUACACCGCUGCCACCAACAACCCGCGUUUUGACAAGAUGGAGGGAAACCCAAUAUGUGUCCGCAUCCCCUGGGAUAAAAACCCUGAAGCGUUUGCUAAGUGGGCUGAAGCUAAGACGGGUUUUCCUUGGAUAGAUGCUAUCAUGACUCAGCUGAGGCAGGAGGGCUGGAUCCAUCACCUGGCCAGACAUGCGGUGGCUUGCUUUCUUACCAGAGGGGACCUUUGGAUCAGCUGGGAAGAGGGAAUGAAGGUUUUUGAGGAGUUGCUCCUAGAUGCAGACUGGAGUGUGAACGCAGGUAGCUGGAUGUGGCUGUCCUGCAGUUCAUUUUUCCAGCAGUUUUUCCACUGCUACUGUCCCGUGGGCUUCGGCCGGCGCACCGACCCAAACGGGGAUUUCAUCAGACGAUACUUACCUGUCCUCCGAGGUUUCCCUGCUAAGUUCAUUUACGAUCCGUGGAACGCUCCAGAGGCCGUGCAGGCAGCUGCCAAGUGCAUCAUUGGAGUCCAUUACCCGAAGCCCAUGGUGCACCACGCCGAGGCGAGCCGCCUCAACAUUGAGAGGAUGAAGCAGAUCUAUCAGCAGCUGAGCCGAUACAGAGGAUUGGGCCUGCUGGCAUCAGUGCCAUCUACCAACGGGAAUGGGAAUGGAGGAAUGAUGGCCUACUCUCCUGGGGAUCAGCAGGCAGGGACCACUCCCAACAACACACACUUUCCUGGUGUGUCUGGGAGCCCCGUCUCAGCAGGAAACGCCAGUGGAAGCAUCCUGCUCAACUUUGACAGUGAGGAACACACGGGGCCUGGUGGUGUUGGACAACAGUCACGACUGCACCCACAGCCCAAACAGCAUCAACCACAGCAUGGAUACCAUUCAGUGCCAGAUGCCAGCCAGACCAUCACUAGCAGCCAACUGUACCAUGAGUUUGCUGUGCCUCAACAUCCAGGACUUCUCCUGCAUACCAGAGGAAACAUCACAGGGAAGCGAGAGCGGGAGUUGGAACGUGAAGCAUCAGAGGAGGAAGACCCCGUGUCCUGCUCUGUGCACAAGAUGCAGAGGCAGAGUGCAGAGCGCACCUAGUCAACGUGGUGGAUCCACAUUCAACACCCAGCCAGCGGAGGGGAAAACAGUCCAGACGCCUCCAGAGCAGCACAUUUAAAACUGUCCGUUGCCUGUAAAUCCCUCUGGGUAAAAACAAAAAGGUGAAAGUGUGAUUUUUGGCUUUUUGUUAAUUCGUCUUUACAUCCUGGGUGUAUCUGACCUCUAACCUUUACAUACAUGCCGAUGUGGGUGUGCACGGAAACAAAACACCUCAAACUACUUAAAGUUUUUUAUAUUUUAUUUUUCCAGUUGUCUUAAAACUGCUGCCACCAUCCAGGAUACAUAUUACUGUGCUGACACAGAUGCAGCUACAUGUGUAACUAAUGGAAUAGUGUCUUCAGCUGCAGAUUCAGCUCAACCAAACCAAAUUACGUAUGUUAGAGUUAUACAGAGCUUCUGCUGUAUAGUAUUUACAUACUUUUUAUAUGUGCUACAGCACAUCCUAUAGUGGUAAACAGCAAACUUUGCCUCCGCCACACAUUACCUAGCCAUUAUCAAUCGAGCAACAUGUUUGGUCCCAGAUGAAUUAGAAAACACUAUUCCCACUCAUUGUGUGUUAAUAUGUUUUGUGUUUUGAGAUACGAACAAAAACACGUUUUACCUUCUGUAGAUCUCAUCAGAUGAGUCUACAGUGGCAGUCAUAGCCUGGGAGGUCUGAGACUUGACAUGGACAUUAGGUGGUUCUUGGCUUCUCUGCACGUGUACAUGUUCAGUUCUUCAGGCACUUAAGGUCUAAUUGCUGAGUUGCUUUCAGUUCAGUUUGUAGACAUCUAGAACGUGAAGCUCUAAAUAUUAAUAACUGACAGGUCAUAGGUUUGGAUGGUUGGACUUUAAAGCAUGUGUCACUGUGGAUUGGAUAAAUUACACUCAUGCUCUCUGACUGUACACAUUUGGCAUUAUGGUGAGAAGUUCCUGUGUAGCUUUAAGUAUUGUUUUUUGGGAUGUGUGUAAUCUUUCCUUAAUUAGUUUUUGGUAAUAUAUUCAUAUCCUGAAUCUUUGACACAUGUUCAACAUCAAACAUGAGCAGGCUCUGUUCUUUGUUCUUCAUGGUUCCUUUUCUUACAUAAAACAGUUUAACACUUAGUUAGUUUGUUAUCCUGAAAUGGUUUCCCACAUUCUUUGUCAUGUACCAAUCAACUCAAUGGUUUUACAUUUGCCUAAUCCAACAGUGGUUUUAUUUUACAAUGGACAUUUGUAACAUCCAGGCUUUAGAUAAACCUCCACUCAUUUUACUCUACAUUAGUCACAUUUUCACCUUUCUGUUUCAUCCACUGUUAUUUAUUUUUUCUAAAAUGUGUCAAACUUUUCCAUCGAGGCGUUCUGUGGCGUUUUGGUCUCUUUGUUUUUUGUUCCUUUUGCUUUUAGGGGCCUGUGGAACUUGCUCAACAACCAAAACUCAUGGCAGUUAAUGUGAGACAGGUGUUUAGACACCACCUCAUGGUGAACACAGGCAGUCGUUUGCACUGUUCUGUCAAAGACGUAACAUUUUUCUAAGAUUUCUUAUAAAAACCAAAAAGUUGCUAAACAAAAAAAGGAUGAAGAAAAAAAUUAUGUCAAGACAACAUAAUAAUAAGUGACAGCAUCUGAUCCAAAUGAGCCUGAUUUAAAACCAACAUUCCUCAGAAAUAAGUAAAGGAAAAAAGGAUUUCUGCUGUACAAGGAGGUUCACAUUAUUCAUUAUGUACAGGUUUUACUCAUUGUGCAACCUGAUAUAUUUGAAACUGAACACAAAUAAGUGAAAGCUGUGCGGCUACAGAUGAAGGCAUUAAAUAUUUAAUGUAUGCAAGAAGGUUCACAUGUAAAAGUGUUUGAGGUUAAAGAGGAAAUUAGUGUCUUAUUUAGGUUCCAUCUACUCUUUUUUACAAUGUUUAAUUCCCCGUGUAAAAAUACACUCAGCCUCUUGCUGUUGUUAAAUCACGUGAGCAAUAAUAAGAAUAAGAAAACUUUUAUUUGUCCAAUAACACACACAAGCACAUCUCUCAUAUAUUCACAUCAAUUGUGUAUAUAAAUGUACUGGAAUUUCUCAAAUACACCAUGAUGUUCUUUUAUACCAAUAAGGCAGAAAGCAGGUUCUGAUCUUUAGGGUUUCCUUUUUAUCAAAAUUCAAAAAUUACAUCUUUUUUUUCUUUGUAAGGUUUGUUAGCUCAUUUGGGUAUUGAUUUUUGUAUGCAAGAAUUGAUUUUUAAAUUGUCCUAUCAAAUACACGCGCGCACACACAAACACAAACCCUGAUAAUGGUUAGAUGGAAGAAAGCAGCAAAUCUGCUUAGAAGACAAAAACUCGAUUCUGAAUGUCACAGUUAUUCAAGUGUCUCCUAGUUUCUGAUACUAAGUAAUUGAAGCAUUUAUAAAGUAACAAAUCAGAAACUCUAACUAUGAAAUGCACAACCUGCCAAAUGAGACAGAUGAAAAGCAGAAGUUCUUGGUCUGACUUGGUAAAGUCAGGAUUUGAAGCAGUAGAUGUAAGAUGUCAGUUUUCCAGCACUCUGGUUUCAGUGGAUCAUUGAUAACUUGUGUCUGUACAGUACUUGAUAUCUGUUCAUCUUUGAUUGUACGCCCUCAACUACAGGAGUGACGUAAAGAGUGAGGAUGGGCCGAUGGAGGGGGUGGAAGGGAGGUAGUACAUACAAAGUAUUGUAGUAUUUCUGUAUAAUAAUUAUGUAUGUUCCUAAAAUGUUAGAAUAUUAAUAGUUUUUGUAGCUUUUAUCACUAUGGAAAAGACAAGUUGAACCAAGUUUUUAUUCUGGCUUUAUUAUUUUUUGUCUUCCCUUCUGCAGCAUGAAGGUGAAAACAGUCGCCAUCGUUCAUCUCUGUAAUAUUAUUGCUCUUUCUCUUUCUUUCCUUGUGUUGUCAAUGUUUUUUCUUGUGCUUGAUCAAGUUCUUGGCAGGAAAUUAAAAUUGUUACAACUUGA